CCCGGGGAAGGAGGCCGUGAGAAGCAGACGAGCGCGAGUCCAGCGCAGGGAAAGCCCGUCGCGGGCCCCCGCCGUCCGGCAGAGCCAGCCGCGAGCGCUCCGCGACAGUGCCGGGGCCAUGGGGACUCCGCGGGUCGUUCCCGGGCCCGCGCUGGGACGGCUGCUCCUGCUGCUGAGCGUGCUGGCCCCGGGCCGCGCCUCCCCGCGCCUCUUGGACUUCCCAGCUCCGGUCUGCGCGCAGGAGGAGCUGAGCUGCAGAGUCAAGAAUAGUUCCUGCCUGGAUGACAGCUGGAUCCACCCUCGAAACCUGACGCCGUCUUCCCCAAAACACAUCCACGUCCAGCUGAACUUUUCGUUUACCCGGCACGGAGACCUAGUCCCUGUGUUGCACAUUGAGUGGACGUUGCAGACAGAUGCCAGCAUCCUGUUCCUUGAGGGCGCAGAGCUGUCCAUCCUGCAGCUGAACACCAACGAACGGCUGUGUGUUGAAUUUGAGUUUCUGUCCAAGCUUCAGCAUCAUUAUAGGCGGUGGCGGUUUUCCUUCAGCCACUUUGUGGUAGAUCCUGGCCAGGAGUAUGAGGUGACAGUUCACCACCUGCCCAAGCCCAUCCCUGAUGGAGACCCAAACCACAAGUCCAAGAUCAUCUUUGUGCCUGACUGUGAGGACCCCCGGAUGAAGAUGACCACACCAUGUGUGAGCUCAGGCAGCCUCUGGGAUCCCAACAUCACUGUGGAGACCUUGGACACCCAGCAGCUACGAGUGAGCUUCCUCCUAUGGAACGAAUCCACCCCCUACCAGAUCCUGCUGGAUAGUUUUCCACACUCCGGGAACCAAGGCUGCUUUGAUGACGUCCAACAAAUACUUGCGCCCAGACAAGAAGAAUUCCACCAGCGAGUCAAUGUCACGUUCACUCUACCCAACUCUAACUGGUGCUGCCACCACCGCCUGCAGGUCCAGCCUUUCUUCAGCAGCUGCCUGAAUGACUGCUUGAGACACGCUGUGACUGUGCACUGCCCAGAAAUCCCACAGGCCCCAGCUUCCCUUGCAGACUCUAUUCCCCUGUGGGUAUAUGGCUUCAUCACAAUCAUCGCCAUUCUGCUGGUGGGCUCUGUCAUCCUGCUGACGGUCUGCAUGACCUGGAGACUUUCUGGGUCUGAUCACGAGAAACGUGGCGGCGAUGCCAAAUGCGAUGGCAUCUCCCCUUUGCCCGACCUGACUCCCCCGCCCCUGAAGCCCAGGAAAGUCUGGAUUGUCUACUCAGCCGACCACCCCCUCUAUGUGGACGUAGUCUUAAAGUUCGCCCAGUUCCUGAUCACUGUCUGCGGCACUGAAGUAGUCCUGGACCUCCUGGAAGAGAAGAUUAUUUCAGAGGUGGGGGUCAUGACCUGGGUAGGCCGACAGAAACAGGAAAUGGUGGAGAGCAACUCCAAAAUCAUCAUCCUGUGCUCCCGAGGCACCCAGGCCAAGUGGAAGGCCAUCUUGGGUUGGACUGAGCCUGCUGUCCAGCUACGGUGUGACCACCGGAAGCCUGCUGGGGACCUUUUUACAGCAGCCAUGAACAUGAUCCUGCCAGACUUCAAGAGGCCAGCCUGCUUUGGCACCUACAUUGUCUGCUACUUCAGCGGCAUCAGUAGCGAGAGUGAUGUCCCCGACCUCUUCAACAUCACCUCCAGGUACCCACUCAUGGACAAGUUUGAGGAGGUUUACUUCCGGAUCCAGGACCUGGAGAUGUUUGAACCUGGCCGGAUGCACCAUGUCCAAGAGCUCACCGGGGAGAAUUACCUGAAGAGCCCUAGUGGCUGUCAGCUCAAGGAGGCUGUGGUUAGAUUCCAGGAGUGGCAAACCAAGAGUCCCGAUUGGUUCGAGCGGGAGAACCUCUGCUUAGCAGGUGAUCACGAUCUCCCAUCCCAGGAUGAGGAAGUGUUUGAAGACCCACUACUGCCACCAGAGGGGAGAAUUGUCAAACAGCAGCCCCUGGUGCGGGAGCCUCCUGAGGGCUGCCUGGUGGUAAAUGUCUGUGCCAGUGAGGGGGAGAGCGGAAUGGCCAAGCAGCUGCUGCCCCAGGGGGAGCUAGGGGCUCAGACCCUCCAAACGGUGGUGCUGCUCGCAGAACAAGUGCCUGCAGCCGGGGCGGUGGAACCUGUCCCUCUUCCAGAGGGCAGUGGAGCUGCUACCCAGCUGACCCUGGCAGGGGACAGUGAGGCCUGCCCGCUGCUGGGGGCCCAGAGGAACAGCCUCCUCUGCCUGCCCGUGGACUCAGAUGACUUGCCUCUGUGUAGCACUCCCAUGAUGUCACCUGACCACCUCCACAGCGAGGCAAGAGAGCAGUUAGAAAGCCUGAUGCUGUCAGUACUGCAGCAGAGUCUUAGCGGACAGGCGCAGGAGAGCUGGGCGAGGCCCAUGGUGGUCCUCAAGGACCCCAGCACCCCCUCCGAGGAGGAGCAGCGGCAGUCAGUGCAGUCGGACCAGGGCUACAUCUCCAGAAGCUCCCCUCAACCCCCCGACUGGCUCGCAGAGGAGGAGGAGGAGGAACUAGAGCUGGGUGAGUCAGCUGAGCCUCUGUCUCCUGAGGUCCUGCAGAACCUGAGGAGCCUCCAACGGCAACUUUUCUUCUGGGAACUUGAGAAGAACCCCGGCUGGGACAGCUUGGAGCCAAGGAGACCGGCCACAGAAGAGCAGGCUCCCUCCUAGGGCCUCCUGAUCCUGUGCUGAAGAGGAUGUGUGUUGUACUGAUGUGUAUAUGGGGGGGGGGGGAGCACCUGCCUUUGAAAUGUGGGUCCCUAAGUCUGACAUAGUGGUGUCAGCACGUGGGGCCUGAGACUUGAUGAUCUCCUGAACUCAGGGGUUCAGGGCCAGUGUGGACAACAUAGCAAGCCCUCAGAAAAACAAGUGUAGACAUUUGGAUUCCGAUCCCUAGACAGCCGCCCUUUACUUUAUGUGCACACCUGGUCAUCAUCACACAAGGAUCCACAGCCUGCUUCCAGGGGCUCAUGCCAAGUGGGUCACUCAUUCCUGGAGCAUCCGUUCUGUACCUUUGGGAUUAAAAAACAAGUUCCAUGGCAUAGCUUGGCCACCAAGAAGCUUAAAAACCAAUAAGGAUGAAAAUUAGCCAGGACAAUAAUCUGAGGCAUGAGGCUGAAGAGAGGGCUGCUGCCCCGGGCUACAGAAAGAACCCAAGAGCCUGAGCGGUCUGGUCUGGACAGAGGAACUGCUUUCCUGUGCGGUGCUGGGGAUGGGGGAACAGCCUGUGGAUUGAGUAUUAGGAAGGAGCUAGAGCUCAGGGUGGAGAGAGCUUUGUGGGGCUAGGGUGGGAGCAGCUGGGUACUUGUUCAUAAGUGGAUCUGUUGCUCUGGGGUGUGGGGGGAACUGCAUGCCAAAUAUACCCAGAAGUCUCCUCGGAUCAGUUUGUAGGAAAUCAGGAUAGAAAUAGGAGGUGCCAAACUUAAGAAGCAGGAAGAGGUGUGUGAAAUCCUGAGCUCAGGUGCUGACAGCCGGUCUGUGGGAGGGCUGUGGCAGGUGAUUCUUCAUGGACUGAAGCCACCUGAUCCCAGCAGCUUGGGGCCCAAGACCCUCAGUUCUACCUCAGGGAAUAGUAAUAGAGUAGAGUAAGAUUUGGGGUGGUGUAAUGGGAAGGCAUGGCAGUGGAGAACAUAGCUGGCCUGUGAGAUCAGAGGAAAGUGUGUCACUGUAUACCUAAGGUGUGAGGAGAGUUGUUUACCGUAGCUCCAGGGUGCCCUCUUGAAGCAGAUAGCAGGCUUGAGUCCUAGAGAAUACACAGGUGUGCAUGCCCUGGGCCCCAUGCUGUUCACUACCAAUUCUAAAGGGUUGGGGGAGAAAAGGACCAUGAAAUGCUAUGGAAAAGCAAAACCAGUGUUCGCGUGUGUGCUUGUGUGUGUACAAUAAUGAAGACUUAAUAAAGUUGUU